AUGUUAUAUAAGCACGCUAGAAUAGCACAUGGGCUUGUUAAGGCGCUUCGUUGCCCCCAAUGUGGAAAAUAUUGCAAAUACUUCUCAGAAUUUGAACGACAUUUAUUUUUUCAUACUGAAUCCACAAGCUGUGAGUGUAGGAUUUGUGGUCUUAAGUUAUCGAUACCUGGAAGUUUGAGACGUCAUGAAAAACUGCAUUUACAAUCUGAUAAACCUCAUUGUGAUCAGUGCGGGAAAUCAUUUGGAGAUCUCCGUGGACUUUCUGAUCAUGUAAAUGUUGUACAUUUGAAACUAGUCAAAUUCACUUGUGUAGUUUGUAACAGAGGAUUCGCAACUAAGAAAUUUUACAGACGGCACUUAGAGAGCCAUACAAAACCAUAUCAAUGUGACCAAUGUGGUCGAAAGUUUACCCGAUCUGAGCAUCUCAAGUCCCAUGAGGGGGUACAUAAUGGCGAAUACCCAUACAAAUGUAAAUUAUGUGACGCUGGAUUUAGAGAAAAUAGGGCUCUUAGAAAACAUCUAGAUAAAGAACAUGGUGUUGAACUGCCAAAAUUUGCAUCAGGCAAAGUCAAGUGAUAAUGAACUUACUCCAUAACCAUUGACCAACUAUACUGUACAUGUUCAUGGAUUUAACUCUUCAUUAAGUGGCUCUACUGUAUUUAACUGUCAACCUAAAUUACUCUAAACUACUUCAUGAUGCUAAUGUCACCACCACAAGUGGGGACAGAUUGUUAUUGUAUUGUAUUUUGUUUACCACCAAUGAAGGUGAGCAAUACCUCUUGGGUAUGUCCCGUAUAUAUACGGUCGUAAUUUACGUAAUUAACAUGGAAGAUAGACCCAGAAACCCCUCCUUGAAGGAGCCCUGUGUUCUUUUAUGUGCACUUAUACAUAGACAUAUAAGUACACACCACAGCUUUUUUGUACGAGUUGCGGACCACUCAGUCAAACACCCUGAAGUACUUCACGCAAACAAGCAAAUUUAGUCUUGCCUGAACCGGGGAUCGAAUCCGGGACCUAUUGCGUAAGAGGUACCUGCGCUACCGCUGAGCUACACGGGUGGACUCCAACUUUUUUGUGACAGCAGUUGGUAGUUGGCAUUAGGAGAUCAUUGUCUGUAACAAAUUGCAGGUGGUAUACAUUUUGCAUGUUAAUGCAUUGCAUAUAUGCAGUAGAGCUAUUGAAGCGUUCUGCGGCGUUUUAAGAUACGAAAUUCCGACUAAUAUUAUCAGUAUAUAUAAUUUAAUAUUUUUAAAGUGUGGGGCAAUUCAAUAUAAAAGGAAGAACCUUUCUCUAAAUUUUGAGAGUAUGCCAUGGCGUUUUAUGUGUAUAUGACGCUACGCCAUUGCCUUGUUCAAAUUUAUGAGGAUUUAAGGGUCAAUGUUAAGUGCCAACCUAUAAUAUUCUAGUCUUGUACAUCUACUUGUAGUUCAGUAGUUUGUGUGUUGUAUUGUAAGAUGUUGUUGUAUUGUUUGAUGUUGGAUUACUGAAAUAAAAUAUGGACUGUUUAAAUUAAAAGUGAGAAUUGUAUUCAAGUGCAAUUAAAGACCCAUACAACCUUUAUUUAAUAUUUGAUAUGGUAUAGAUGCUCUUGAUAUAUGCAAAAAUGCAU